UUUGAAUAUGCUCCGCUGCGAUCGAACGUUCAAAUGAGAGUAUUUAUAAGAGCGUUUGCCCACGUACCACGAAAUCUCAUAUUCAAUAUACAUUCAAUUAGCGUUAUCGAAACCUCCAAAAGAACGACCCAAGAAAAUGGAAAAUCCCAGGCCUGAGGCAGAGGAAACCGCCACGAAUGCACAUUCCAAAGAACCGAGCGGGGACACGAAGCGGACGAGUUUAGUGUUGGGAUCGGAGUCACGAAACGUGAUUGAGACUCCAUCUCUGGCUGAGACCGAGCCAUCGACGAACCGUACGGCUUCGAGAAAUUCGGUGCAUUGGGGCCCCGAACUGGUGACCGAAUCGUCCGCCAUGUCGCCCCCUCACGGAUCCAAUUCAUACGCUUCUCCUUCCCCUGCGCCCUCCUCGUCUUCAUUUUCCUUCAAGGAUAAGAUGGACAACGUACGGAAUGUCCUCGGUAGGUGGGGAAAGAAGGUUGGGGAAGCCACCAAGAAAGCUGAAGAUCUCGCUGGAAACACUUGGCAACACUUGAAAACCAGCCCUAGUUUUGUUGAUGCUGCUUUGGGAAGAAUUGCACAAGGAACGAAGGUCCUAGCAGAAGGAGGUUAUGAGAAAAUUUUCCGACAAACUUUUGAGACUGUUCCUGAAGAGCAACUUCAAGAUUCAUAUGCAUGUUACCUAUCCACAUCAGCCGGUCCAGUCAUAGGAGUUUUAUAUCUAUCUUCAGCAAAGCUUGCCUUUUGUAGCGAUAAUCCUCUUUCAUAUAAAGUUAAUGGACAAACUGAAUGGAGCUAUUAUGAGGUAGUUAUCCCAUUACAUCAGCUCAAAGCUGUUAAUCCAUCAACAAGCAGAAACAAUCCCGCUGAAAGGUAUAUUCAGGUCAUCUCUAUUGAUAACCAUGAAUUUUGGUUCAUGGGAUUCUUAAGGUACGAUGAUGCUGUGAAAUGCCUACAGGAAGCUAUGCAAGCCAGCAACUCACAAUCUGUAUGAUAGUUUUUACUCUUUUGUACAAUAUAAUGUGCUUUUCAUGUAACUCAAGAGUUGACAGGUUAGACAGCUGUACGUAUCACGUGCUGGUCUCAGAGAAUCUUAGAUCGGGGCACAAUUAAUUGAGAACUCUUGGUAUUCCUUUGAAAUGAAACCAAGUAAUUUUGUACAGUUUA